AUGCUGAUUCCCAAGGCUGACCGCAAGAAGAUCCACGAGUACCUCUUCCGUGAGGGCGUGAUGGUCGCCGCGAAGGACUUCAACCUCCCCAAGCACCCCGAUGUCGACACCAAGAACCUCUUCGUCGUCAAGGCCCUGCAGUCCCUGAACUCCCGCGGCUACGUCAAGACCCAGUUCUCUUGGCAAUACUACUACUACACCCUCACCCCCGAGGGUCUCGACUACCUCCGCGAAUGGCUGCACCUCCCCGCCGAGAUUGUCCCCGCCACACACAUCAAGCAGCAGCGAUCGCAUGCUCCUCCCCGAGGCAUGAUGGGCGAGGGCGGCGACCGUGAGCGAAGACCUUUCGGCCGUGGCCGCGGAGAGGGCCGAGGCGACCGUGGUGACCGUGAGGGUGGCUACCGAAGACGUGAUGCUGGAGAGGGCAAGGAGGGCGGUGCCCCUGGUGAAUUCAACCCGCAAUUCCGUGGUGGAUUUGGUCGUGGCCGUGGCCGAGGCGGUGACGCUCCCCCUUCGUAG